AUGGUGUCCAGCGCUGGAGCAAUGAAUAUUCAAUCAGCAACAAUUGUCCAGAAGAGUACAAAUGUGUUGGGCGUUGAUAUGAACUUUGCAUUGAUUGACAUUGCAUUUGACAGUGAGCUUUACUUCAAUCAGGUCGUGACAUGUCCUAACUUCACAUGCCCAGCACCUCCAACGAUUGACUGCACCUGUGACUACACCGAUCACAAUGAAUGUCCAAAAAAGUUGAAUCCAUCAUGUCCAACAUGUCCAACACGCACAACAAUUGGCAGUGGACAAUUCUACGAUCGAUGCAAUGACACAUGGACCACAAUCCAAGCAAAUCAAACCUAUCGCUUUGACAACGUCACUCAAAACAUGUCAUUCCGUUACAAAGCCAACACCAAGUAUUGCGAAGGAAUAAGGAUUUACAUUGGCCAGGAUCAGGGCGACGUGACAUUGUAUGAGGGAACAAAGGGCGCGGAGACUACAUUGAUUGCAAGGUAUACUGGAUUGGAAAUGUCGGAUAUGUUGACGGUGAUGGACGUAUGUCCUUCGGAUAAUCUUCCAAUCUAUCCAUUCCAAUCAUGGACCAAUGGUACAUUCUUCUUCACAGUGGUGCCUCACUCAUCAAUGGUAUCAUUUUCAUUGACUUUGUACUCGGGACCCGUCAACAAGAUUGAUAACAGUCAGCCUAAAUGUACACAGGUGUUGCCAACACAUCAAUGUAUCAAUGAUGGUGAGCAAGUCAAAGGUGUACACAACAACAUGGACUCAUACACAUUCUACACAUUCGUGGUUGACAAGAGAAUGACCUUGGCCAUUGGUGUCCCCUACCUCAACCAGAGCACAAUGUUAUACUUAUCCGACGAAAACUACCUCCCCAGCUCAAACCCUGGGCAAUUCAAAUGGGCAAUCUCUGACACAAACGGCGAGGUCUACACUUGUAAUGAUUGGGGCGACUCUUCAUUCUCUGUACUCUUCCCUCGAUUGUACAACAACCCACUGUGGCCAGUACCCGUGCCAUUAUACUCCAAUCCAAUAUUUAGUGAUAUCAACUUCUUCUCCAACCUCUAUUUCAAUGAGCCCAUCAACACACCCAAGUCCAACUCAUUCCAAGCUGCAUUCCUCCUAUCCUACAGCGUGUAUCCAUCAGUCAAAGUCAUCAGCGACUUCAACAAACUUCUCAACUCGACCCUUACCUUCACCAACCGAUUGAUCGACUCCAAUGGAAAUGCCUUAGAGGGACCAGUUCGAUUCCAACAAGGAGUGAUCAAGUGUAAUUACACUGAUUACCAGUUGAUAUUGGAGGAUAUGAAGACAAAGGAGAAUAAGAUAUUUGAGGAGACGUUGUACUCUAAUGUAUCGACAUUACGUUAUGAGAUUGAUGCUCAUACUCUACGUGAUCCAUGCUCUGAUCCAAGGUACCUCUCCGACCCAUGUUGUAACACUGGUCUACAAUUUGUACAAUGUUGCAGUGAGAGGAAUGUAUCCGUACCAACUCCAAUCUUCCUUGGUGUUCAAACGAACGCUGUACAGGCACAAUGUUCAAGUGUUGGAUGUACUUCAUCGAUCUUGGAUGAAUACUUCAAUGCAUUGUCGAGUAUCAAUCGUGGAGAAUGCACUAUUCCUCAGUCGGACUACAAAGAGUUCCGUCUAAACAUUGACAGGACAUUGAGAUCAUGCAAAGAUGUCUACUCUGACGUGUAUUGUGAGAAUGAUGACAUGUGUAACACCAACAAUGCCACUGGAGUACAACGAGUCAGCUGUAACCUUUACAGCAGGGUCUGUGAACCAAGCCGUGUGUCACAGGACAAGGCCUACCUGUACUGUGUGCUCAAUGAGUCUACACCGGCCACACUCUACUUCCUCAAGUAUCAAGUUGGUCUGGGAAGCGUACAGAACAUCAACACACUGGUCGAUCAGAUGUACAAGUUGUUCUUGACCGACGACUGCUCAACAUACACUGGCCUACAGUAUCGCAAGUACAGCACAUAUGAGUCAUCACAGAUCCAGGACUAUUGCUACCCCGCGCCACACUGUCUGGACAACACAUGUCUCACCGUACACGACAUUUGCUACGAUGGAUACUUUAGUGGCUUUGGCUUCUACCCCGAACAGGCCACUCAGACACAGUGCGAACAGGUCAGCAUCUGUCCAACUUGUGCGCCAAACAACGCAACAUGUCAGGCAGCUGCAUGUCCCAAUGGCAACUUCUGUGGCUAUUGUCCAAACAAUCAAACAUCCUGUUUCAAGUUCCCUGAUCUCUCUGGCAGCAGUGGCGCAUUGGGACCUGAGGACAGCCCAGUUAACUUGUGCAACCUCAAGGGCAACGAAUGUCUGACAAAGGAUGAGUGUGAUAAUGUUGGAGUGUGCUCAGACUCAUACUUCUUCCAACAGGCCAACACGAUCAACUAUCCAGACGGUCUUGGCAAGUGUAUGUUCCCGCGCCCACUCAACAUGGACCCUCCAACAUGCAAGGUGAACGAGCAGAAUGAUUCCCCAAUGGGUUGUUAUGCACAUUUCCCAGAGGUCUUCAAUGAAGCAGAAUGCACGCAGCAGGGUGGCACGUGGUGGACUCAAUCAGAGAACAACAGGACGAGAUGUGAGGAGCAGAUGGGAUGCCAGGUGCCAGACCGCAGCUAUGCAGCUUUGGCCAAUCAGUACCGAUUCAACGAGAUGAAUAUAAGUCAGUGCACAGGCUGUGGGGUCAGCGAUCAUCAAUGGACCAAUAAGUUCACGUGGACACAGGCAAGAUGGAUGCCAGGUGUCAUGGUCAAGGCUCAAUGGAUCAAGGGUGGUGCGGUCAAGCCUACCACCUGGGGUCCAACCUUUGACUUUGACCGCUUUGCCAAAGCCAUCCAGAAUGCAUUCUAUGGACGUCUUGUCGACCUGAUGCGCUCAUCUGCCAUGUGUCGAAUGAAUCGUCUCCAAGAGAAUCUGGACUCAAUCGCAUGCAGUUGCUCUGGACCAGGAGGAUCACAAUGCUUUGGUUCUUCGGCAAUCCUGCUUGGAACGACGACCGCAUGUGCCCAGUCAUCAUCCAACUUCACCUUCAACAUUGGACAGCUCCUGUUCACACCCCAAUCAGUGCCAUUGUCAUGCGUGAGUGUGUUGGUAUCCCAGAUUAGCAAGCAACUCUACACCUCCACGGCCACAGCAUCAUUGAGCUCAGCCUUUGUAUCAUACAAGAAGCCUGGUAGUUUUGCAAUAUUCAAUGAUAAGGGUGCCAAUAUUGGAACGAUUCUCAAUGAUGGAGUCAAGCUCCAGCACCAAGGUGUGGACUCAUUCACCCUUUGUCUGCUUGGCGGAUCGACCACCUCAGACUUCCCCAUCCUCGACUUUGCUCAACAGAGUGCCAAUGAUACCAAGACCCUAAUCCCUCUUGGUCUCCAAACAUUCCACCUAUCAGUGGCAAGUGGACUCAAUUACCUUUGUGCCAAUGUCACAGUCAACAACACAGACUCAUCGACCUACUUCCCGAUCAUCAGAUUAUCAGAGUGGCGCACUGCCACCAAACACCUGUUUGACCAGACCACCACAGGUCUCAUCUACACUCUGGCUGUGCUCUUUGGAGUGAAUGCCGUUUGGGGAUUCGUCCAGCUAGUGUUUGUCGGCUACAAGUUAAUUCACAACAGUGUCCGCUUCAAGCUGGUCCAUGGCCUACUGCUGGCAAUCACCACGUUCAUCACGAUCCGCUCGAUCUAUUUCUUCAUGCUGCCCUCUGGCAAGCUGUCCAACUCACUGGUGGCCGACUACAUCCUUGUUGUAUUGCCCACAUUCAUCUACUUCACAUCAUUCUCUAUCAUUGUCGUGCUGUGGUAUGUCAUUGUUAGCUCGAAGCUACACGUCAAGUUCUUUGAACGAUUCAGACAAAUGAUUAUCGUCAUCAACGUGAUCAUCUACAUCAUCUUCAUCAUCAUUGUGUUGGUGUUCAACUUCUCCAAGAAGCAGCCUGCUAGCGAGUGCGGCGCACGAAUGACUGUCAUCCCCAGCAGCACCACCCCUCAGCGCGCCGUCUCAAUAUUCUACGCGGUGGUGCAGGCGGUGAUAUCUCUGAUCAUCGGCUCGGCCUUUGUCUACUUUGGCUGGUCAAUCUACAACCUGGUGGGCUCAAAGAACCAGCAGACUGAGCGCCAGGUCAAGCGCACCAAGUACCAGAAGAAGAUCUUCUUGGUGGCCUCCACAUGCUCGGUCGGAUUCAUUCUGCAUUGUAUCUUUGUUCUGAUAUUGGUUGGCACCGAGCCAUCCAACAUUGUGUUCAGUUUUGUUGGACUGAUCAUCACCGAGAUCAUUCCAGUUAUAAGUAUACUGAUCUCUUACAACCAGGGACAUCUUGGCGGAAUGCGCCGAUCAACAGGCUCCACCAACACCAGCAUGCAGAACAUGUCUGGCAACAACAGCACCAGAGGUGGAUCGACAACCACAAACAAUAAUAGGUCAGAGGACUCCUCAACCUUCUAA